AUGGAUGUUCUACUUGAAUUGCCGCAGCGUAAAGCUGUAGGCUUGCCACUGCGCUCAAAGCCAAAGCGAGCCUCCUCAGGCGCCUCUUUCAAACCAAGCCAAAGAUCAUAUCAAGGCAUUCUUCAUAUCUCAACAGAAUCCCCAUGGCCCGGAAACCAAGAUUCAGAUAGAGCUUUGCAAAGAGCUUCAACCGGCACCCUGCAUUCCAGUCAUCACGAUCCUAAUCGAGCCCCUCAGAGAGCAUCUACCGGCGCUAUUUCCCCCCGAAACAAGGCUAUCGCUCACUCACAGCUGCGAAGCUAUCGCGCAUCGACCGGUGGCCUCAAGAAUGAAAAGUCGGCGAGCAAACGAAAUACUCAUCAUCACAUUUUGGCGGGCGCCCUAAGUGAACAGCCUAGAUCGCCACAGGAGCGGUCUGGUCCCAAACUCUGCAACCGCUGUGAGGGCCGCAUUCGGUCCCAAUUUUUCCAAUGUCGCGACUGCCGCGAUUAUUUGCUGUGCACAGAGUGCGGCGAGGGGGGGAUCUACUGUCAAUACGAUGCUCACUCGUGGUUCGAAAUGAGUACCUAUUGGCAUAGUAAAAACUCCCAGAUCAUUGGAGAAAUCACGCCCGAGGAUGCGCGGACCUUGUACUUUGGCACAAGAACAUUUCCCUCUAUCUUUCGUCCGCCCUGCCUCUUGGAUGUGCCAGAAACCCUCUUCAUGCAUGAGCACCGCUUCAUACGCAAAAGCGAUCCCCGCGAAAUCCUCAUCUUUGCCGAUGGCGCGUGUCUACGAACUUCAAAGGGCGAUGAGGCAGUAGCAGGCUGGGCAUUUGUCUACCGGCCAUCAGCGUAUAGUCAAGACGGUGCAUUGACACACGCCGGCACUAUCUCCGGGCGUCUUGAAAUCAAAGGUCCAACGGGCCGCAUAAAUCCAAUCACUAGCAACCGCGCAGAACUACGCGCUGCAGUUGCGGCCCUACAGUUUCUCGAUUGGAGCAUGGACUGCAAUCGCGGCUGGCGAAGCAUUGUGAUUGCCACCGAUUCUGAAUAUGUGACGUGCAGCAUCACCAAAUGGAUCUCAGAUUGGGAGGAUAGUCAGUGGAAGCUAGAGAAUCACAACGACGUCAACAAUAAGGAUCUCUGGAAAAUUUUGUUGCAUGAAGUGCGUCGCUACCACGCUGAUGGUGUGAAGAUUUCGUUUUGGCGCGUGCCUCGACACUGCAAUACGCGCGCCUACGAAUUUGCCCGAAAGGCGACAGGGCGGGGAUACAAGGAGCGCACGGAGAUGGUCGUAUUCCAAGCCGACGGCCCGGUCAAAGUUCGAGUGACUCCCUUCAUCCCGCCGAGGGAAAAGAUGGCCAAUGGCCAGAUCCAAAUUCGCCGUUAA